GCAGGGCGAUGCAUGCCGGGAGCUGUAGUUCUCGGCAGAGGCGGUUGGACGCCCCAGACCCAGCUCUGGCCUCAGCCGGAUGGCGGCUGAGGCGCGUGGCUGCGGGCCCUGGGGCUCGCUCCUCCUCGGGCUGCUCGGGCUGGUCUCGGUCGCGGCCGCCGCCUGGGACCUGACUUCGCUGCGCUGCAACUUCGGCAACUUCUGCGAAUGUGAUUUCCAGCCCGACUUCCCGGGUCUGGAGUGUGACCUGGCCCAGCACCUGGCAGGCCAGCACUUGGCCAAGGCGCUGGUGGUGAAGGCGCUGAAGGCCUUCGUGCAGGACCCGGCCCCCACUAAACCGCUGGCCCUCUCCCUGCACGGCUGGACAGGCACGGGCAAGUCCUAUGUCAGUUCCCUGCUGGCCCACUACCUCUUCCGGGGUGGCCUCCGCAGCCCCCAUGUGCACCACUUUUCCCCGGUCAUCCACUUCCCCCAUCCCAGCCACAUGGAGCGCUAUAAGAAGGAUCUUAAGAACUGGGUCCAGGGGAAUCUCACUGUUUGUAGCCGCUCCCUCUUCCUCUUUGAUGAAAUGGACAAGCUGACCCCAGGCCUGAUGGAGGUCCUGCAACCUUUCCUGGGCCCCUCCUGGGUUGUGUAUGGGACCAACUAUCGAAAAGCCAUCUUCAUCUUCAUCAGCAACACUGGUGGUGAGCAGAUCAACCAGGUGGUGCUGGAGGCAUGGCGCAGCCGCCGGGACCGCGAGGAGAUCCGCCUACAGGAGCUUGAGCCAGUCAUCUCCCAGGCUGUGCUGGACAACCCACACCAUGGCUUCUGGCGCUCAGGCAUCAUGGAAGAACAUCUCCUGGACGCCCUGGUGCCCUUCCUACCUCUCCAGCGGCACCAUGUGAGGCACUGCGUGCUCAACGAGCUGGCCCAGCUGGGCCUGGAGCCAAGGGACGAGGUUAUCCAGGCCAUGCUGGACAGCACCACCUUCUUCCCUGAGGACGAGCAGCUCUUUUCCUCCAAUGGCUGCAAGACUGUGGCUUCCCGAAUUGCCUUCUUCCUCUGACUCUCCAGGGUGCAUCCCUGCCCCCUCUACCUGACCAGGCCAUGCAGGAAGGCCCUGGGGCCUCUGCCAGAGGGGCCCUGGUGCUGAGCCUUCUGCAGAGUGGGACCCAGAGCACACAUUGAUGACAGGUGUUGGCUAGGCUGUGAGACAGGGCUGCGUGGGCGCUGGCCUCUAACCUGCUCUGAGGACAUCUUGGCCUUUGCUUCCUUCCCCAGGGGAACUGCUGGUCACCCCAGAACUUCAAUGAGCCUUGACCUCGCCCUCCAGCCUGAGCCUUCUUAAAAUGUGAAUUGUAACUCAGGGACUAUGGCUCCGGGCUGCUCCCUUGCCCCUCAGUCUUUUAACCUCAGCCCCUUGCCCUACCACCAGAUCCCACCCCCUGUGACCAGUAUUAUAAGCCAGGCUGAGACUUCUCAGGCUGCACAAGCAGAGGGACUCAAGUGGCCACUUGGGCUUGGUUUUUAAAGUUUUUAAUUUUGUAAAAGAGAACAAAUACAAUAAACUUAGCCAUGGGACCGGA